AGAAUGAUCGCAUCUUGUCGCUGCACACCUGUCAACUCUAUACAUGUGCUUGGUGUGAGUCUGGUUCCCUGUUUUGGUGGGGUGUACUCCCAUUCAACCAACGCAAGAAACUGUGGGAGAAAUUCCGUAGCAAAAGUCGUAAACAGAGAUCAGAGAUCACAGAAGGAGUACAAGUAGGCAUGAGGUCCUCACCCAUGUACCAUCCAGGAGCUCUUGCCUUUUCUACUUCGGGAGGUGUGCCCAAGAUUGGUCAGUUGCUAAAUGCUGCCUGGAAUCUUAGCGACACUUGCAGAUUUAAGAUACUUCCUCCAGGAGGUGUAAAUAGUGGAUGUAACAAUAGUAGUGCGUCCAGCAGUACCAGUGGAAGUGGAAGUAGUGGUACCAGCAGUGGUUCCAGUACCAGCUUUCAGGGUGCUGCAGGCUCAACAUCAACAUCUCAGAAUGCUGCCACAAGUAACAGCGGUAGUUCCUCGAGUGGUAGUAGUGGAAGUGGGGAGAAGAAAACUGUGGCAUCAGAAGUCCUUGGACCAGUUGCAAAGAUCCUGAAGUGUGGUGACAGCAAGGAGUCUUCUGAUAAGCUUGACAUGCCCCCUCCACCUUCACCUGCUUCUAGCACAUGCUCUGACACUGGAUCUAUUACGUCCCCUGCUUCAUACAAGCGUGGAAAGAGACCAACACCUCGCGAUGACAUAGAGAGGUUUGACGAGGAAGAGUGGCCAUUAAGAGAUGUAAUAUUUGUUGAAGACACGAGACCAGUGCCAAUUGGAGAAGUGCUGGCAGUUGAUGGCAACCAGGUGGUGGUUGUGCCACAGACAAAAGAAGGCAAGGGCAACCUGCGUGUCAUACACCGAGACCAGCUGCAGGUUAUCCGUGCAGGUGGCAACCCUCGUGUUCCAGACUGUUAUCAGAAAACUCCUAAGCGCAUUCCUGUCAGCGAGCAGGGCCAGAUUCUCACUGUGGCUGUGGAUGGCAGAGGCAUUCACGCCAUUGUCAGGAAUGGCAGUCGCUUGACAUAUGUCAUAUACAAUCUCAGCUCUGGGAAAUCAGAGCAGGAAUGUGUAUUUCCAACUGAGAGCACAGCAUUCAUGGGAUCAGAACCAUCUGCCAUAUCACUUACUAUUAAUGGAGAGAGUGAAAACGUUGGUGUGCUUCGUGAUGGUAAUAGUACCAUCUACCCUCUGAGCAAAGAUUGUGUUGACUCCAUCAAAGACCCUCACUGGCCUGAUCUACCUCCAGUGUCAUGCUUAGGUGUAGCCACACAUUUCUUGCAUGGGGCUGGUGCUCACCAGAAGAACCAUGUUGCAUUACUGGUGCUGGCACUCAAGACACAAACUCUGAUGCCAAAAAUCCUGCGAUGUGAUCCAGAAGGUGUUAGGCAGGUCUUGGCUCUCAUUGAAAGUGACAAUGGAGCUGGUAUGACAAGUUUAACAACAGAGGGAAUAGUAGAAGAAAAGUGUGACGGAAACCGCAACAUCCUGCAUGCAUGUAUAUCUACUUGCUGUCCAGUUACAAGCAAAGAGACCGAAGGGGAAUCUGUAUUAGAGAAAGAUCCUAUUUUGGGUAGCUUUGCUUGGCCCCCUAGCUCAUCUGACACCCUCAGUGACACAGCUAGUGCUGCAGGGCCAGAGGAUGACCUCAUGACCCCAUCUUCCUCCAAAACCACACCAGGGCCAAGCAUGCCCAACCUAGGAACAUCAGACCCUGCAGAGCGUAAAUCUUAUUCUCUCACUAUCCUGAGAACCAUCUGUGACAGCCCAGCACUAACACCACACUUGAGGAACCUGCUCAUUGCUCGUGACUCAAACGGCUUUACUCCCUUCAUGCUGGCUGUCUCUGGUCGGGCGUAUCAGGCAGCCCUCAUCCUUUUUGAUGUCAUUCACAGGGUGGCACAUGAUAGUGCUCUUGAUGCUGAGAGCGAAAGACGUGCUGUCAUGCAAAUGAUAUUCCCAAGGGGCAGUAACCCAGAUGACUCGCCGCUUCAUGUCCUGUGCUAUAAUGAUACCUGCUCCUUCACUUGGACAGGAGCAGAGCAUAUUAAUCAAGACAUAUUUGAGUGUCGCACCUGUGGCCUUGUUGGCUCCUUGUGUUGCUGUACAGAAUGUGCAAGAGUGUGCCAUAAAGGGCAUGACUGUAAGCUCAAGAAAACUUCACCAACAGCGUAUUGUGAUUGCUGGGAAAAAUGUAAAUGCAAAGCUCUGAAGUCUGGCCAUCAGACUGCACGAUUUGACCUUUUGUCAAGGCUCAUCACAGAGACUGAUCUAGUGAACAUAUCCAAUGGUAGAGGUGAAAACCUUCUCCUGUUCUUGGUACAAACUGUUGGGCGGCAAGUCACUGAACAGAAGCAGUGGUCUAGGUGUCGUUCGUCGUCAUCAUCAUCUACUCGUAAGAAUACGCUGUCAGAUGUAGUCAACAUGGAGGUACCUGACCAUGAUUUAGAACCACCCAAGUUCAGCCGAAGAGCACUUGAACGUUUGCUGAAUGACUGGGCAGCUGUGAGAGCCAUGAUCAUGACGGGUCAUAAGGAAGAAAGUCCUCCUUCGUCUGCAUCCACUGAUGAUAUUAAUUUCAUGCAGUUUCAAGGUCAUACAACCCACCUGGACAAAUUUACGUAUUGCUUGCUUGUGAAGUUAGCAACUCAGGUUGAGCCUAGGAAUCUCAAGCUGAAGCACCUAAUUAAUAGUGACGAUGAUGAACGAAAGAUGAUUGCUGACACAAUGGUGACUGCUCUCAUUAACACAUUGAUCAGAGAGCUGCACAAUGACACAGUUCCUGGAAGAAAGCAGGAAGCAGAAAAGGUGGCCAGGAGGUUUAUUGCAUCAGUGGUUAGGAUCUUUGUUAUUUUAGCCAUUGAAAUGAUGCCUAAUGCUGGGAAAAAGAAGCCAGGCAGCUCCUACACGCAGUCCCUUGCUAAAUGUAUCAAAGUAUUUGAGUCCAUCAUUCCAGUGGCUGUGACAGAACUAUGUGAUGCUGCAGAUGCCCUUAUGUUGCCUGUACGGCUCAACUAUGUCAAGCCGACUGCACCUUUUCCACUCACGUCAACCCAUGUAGAUGGCAAUCAUGGCUGCAAGGAGAUGUUUGAAGUGGAACCCCUUCAGUGGCAACAGCAUAGAAUGGGUGGUGAACCAUUAUCUUCAGCUGGAGGAAAUAGUGUGUCCAGAGGAGCUGGUGGAAGUGGUGGAGGGGAAGAGGAGGAGGAGGCUGGGGAGGAAGAAGUAGCUCCACUCCCAGGCCCAGCCCCAGGGACAAGACCAAGGAGGGCUCGACCAGAUCACAUUCUCCCUCCCCAGGUGGAUGACCAUGAUAAUGAAGGGGGAAGUGAACGUGAUGAUGCUAAUGAGCGUUCAGAGCAAGAAGGAGACGGAGGAGCAGAAGUAGAGGGUGGAGAAUCAGACAUGGAAUUGGACUUGUUAGCAGAGUCAGACAGUGACAGUGAUGAUAACCAGUCUGCUGUAGAUAAUACAUCAACUCAACGAUCAGUUCAGACUGGUGCCACUGCUGGGAGUGAUGGAGAGGAUGAUUCUGGUGAGUCUUCUCCAGGUGAAGAUGAAGAUGAUGAGAGUGAAGCAGCUGAAACGGAUGAAUUUGAUUCCGGUGAACUCUUUUCUGAUGAGCAGUUAGAAAGGCGAGUUAACACUUCCUCUACUGCUCGUAAUAUUGCACCUCACAAUCUGCAGUGGGCUGUGAGGAAUCCCCGUGAUAGUACCUCACGUUCUGGAGGAACAACUGGAGGCCCUACAGCCACAGGUACCUCCAACCCUACCUCUAGUGGCUUAAUAUACAUUGAUCCAACUUCACUCAGGCAUGGACCUACAUCCACAUCAACAGUUACACCAUCCUCCCAUGAGCCUGUUAGUCUGGCUACUACUAACAAUACUCUUGCAAGGGCUUUUACAAUUGUGAUUAGGCAGAUGAGCUCUCUUUUGAGUUUGGCCUGUGACGUGGUAAGAGAUGGAGGCCUCACCUCUAGAGGUCCUGCUGGAAGUGGAGGUGGUGUUCCUGGCAGCAGCAGUAGUGCCACUGCCACCACUCAGAUGUGCCUCACACCGACCAUUAUUGCAGCUCUUCUUAAGCAGGUUGAUGCUCGCCUUCGUCCCACUUGGGAUUGGCUGAUGAGCCUCAUGGAUUCAACAGAGUCCCAGCUAAGAUUUGGAAGAGAAUUGAACCAACUCAUUGAAGGAAGUGGAAGCAGCAGCACACCACCAACAGCACCACCAGCAGGAGUAUCCCAGACACGCCCCCGUGAAAGAAGUGCGGGAAGAACUGGCCUUCCAUUUAUACGAGAUCCAUUGAUUAGUCCACUUUCAAGGUACCAGAGUGCUAGGCGUGGAGCAAGAACCACCAAUACAACAGCUGAUCCACAGAAUGCUCGAAGGGAUACUCUCUCCUAUGUGGUCUCUCUUCUGCGAGCCCAUAAGAAUGAACACUGUGACACACUACCAGAUAUAGAUGUUGGAUCUCUGAAACAUAUUGCAUAUGUAUUUGACGCUCUCAUUAGCUACUUGCGGUGCUGUGAGACAGACAGCAGUGCUCACAUAGACUCGGGUGGGGCUGAGUGUACGGGUUUUUCUUGGGAACGGGAUGAGAAUGAAAAUGAGGAUGACAUGGAUGAUCUGCCAUCAGUCACCCCUUCAGCUGGUGAUAGUGAGUCAGCUGAUGAGGAUUCAAAUCUUUCCAAUUCUAGAGGACGAAAACAUACAUUCUUCCAGAGAUCACAGUCGACACUUUGCUUGGGAUCAGUGGGUGCAGAUGUAUUUAGCAGUCCUUUACAAGAAGCUUUGCCUCUUGCUGAUAAACCUCACUUACUUCAGCCAAAUGCUCGGAGAGAAGAACUGUUUGGCAUUCCUCGAACACAUACUCACAAUACAAGUCAAGGGACUAGAAUUCCCCUGGACACUCCAUUGUCAAGAUUGGGUGUAUUAGAGAAUCUACAUAUGGUGGGCCCAUACCCACCAACACCACAACAGUCUUAUGCACAUAUGUUAGGCUCUGCCAGAACUCCUGACCAUCAACCGACGGACUUGUCUGUAUAUGCAACAGGACAAAUUAGAGAUUUAAAGGAUGAAGACAUGAGUGAGGAUAGUGGUGAGACAUCUCAGGAGAGAGCACCAAUCAUUGUGUCUCCAAGGCGUACGGGGAGCAGCUUAGGUGGGGGGAUUAGCGAUCACAGCAGCGGCUCUUCUGCCUCCUACGUGCCUGAGUCCACCCCUGCCCGGUCCAGUGUCAAAAGCGUUAUUGUACGGGUGGGGUCUUCUACAGUUGCCAAUGCGUUUAAAUCUGAGGUUGCCUCAUCAUCGUCACUGUCGUCAAGCCUGUCAGCCACCGCUGCUUCCACCCCUUGCACACCCUCCUCAAGCCUAGGGGGUAGAGGUGGUGCAGACCUACUUGUGGUGCCGCUAGAUGGAAGAACCAGCAGGGGUUCAGAGAUGGGCCUUCAUGCACCCCAUGAUGUGUCUGCUAAUGUUACCAUCGAUACCACGCAUGAUCAGAUGAGACCUGCUCUCUUAAGAAGUGGAGUUUCCCAAGAUCUUCUGCUUGGACGUUGGAGACUGACCCUAGAGCUGUUUGGUAGAGUCUUCAUAGAUGAUGUUGGAGCUGAACCAGGCUCUAUCAUUGCCCAGCUAGGAGGAUUCCCAGUCAAAGAAGCCAAAUUUAGACGGGAAAUGGAAAAGUUGAGAAAUUGCCAGCAGCGUGAUUUGAAUCUGACAAAGAUCGACCGUGAGAGAGGACAGUUGAUCACCCAGACAUUCAAGGAACUCAACACUCAGUACAACAACUAUCACCGUCGAGGAACACAGUCAUCACCACCCUUGGCUGUUAACCGAGUUAAAGUGACAUUCCGUGAUGAGCCAGGGGAAGGCUCUGGUGUUGCUAGAUCAUUUUACACAGCCAUUGCAGAGGCCCUGUUGUCAGGGGAGAAACUCCCGAGCCUGGAAUCUUGCCAGGUGAGGCCAAAAGAAGUUGGAUUGCCUGUAGUUCGGUAUAGUCUAUAUGGUCAGUACAAGGGGCGAGACAGAGAUCGUCGCCAGGGAGCCUCGUCAUCAAGGUCAUUGCAGAGAAGAGAUGCCCGCAAGACGCUCUCUGUAGAUGCGCGACCCUUCUACAUGACGGGCGAGGGCAGUAGUAAUGAACACUUACCAUCAAAUAUGCUACAGAUUGGUGAAGCCUUGUUCCCAAAGGUGCAGAGUCUUAGACCAUCUUUGGCAAGCAAGAUCACAGGGAUGCUUCUAGAACUGACACAUGCUCAGUUGCUCCUUCUGUCUGCAAGCGAAGAUGCCCUGCGCCAGAAAGUAGACGAGGCAGUGGAUCUUAUCCUUGCUCAGGGUCGUGACCACACACCAGAAUAUUCUCCAUCCCAUCAAGAUACAGAUGAAGGUGGGGAGGAACCUGAGGAUGCAAGUGCUCCCCUGUUCUACCAGCCAGGGAAAAGAGGAUUCUACUCUCCUCGCCAGGGUCGCCCAACUCCCGAGAGACUUAAUGCCUUCCGCAAUGUUGGCAGGUUACUUGGGUUAUGCCUGUUGCAGAAUGAAUUGUGCCCAAUCUACCUAAACCGCCAUGUCCUCAAGUACAUCCUAGGACGCCCCAUUCGUUUCCAUGACUUGGCCUUUUUUGACCCUGUCAUGUAUGAAAGCUUGCGAAAGCUGGUGCUGGAUGCAGAGAACAAAGACACCGGAGCUGAUGUGUUCAAAGCUCUGGACCUUACCUUCAGCAUUGAUGUAAUUCCUGAAGAAGGUGGCACAAAUAUAGAACUGAUUAGUGGUGGCAGAAAUGUGGAGGUGACAACAGCUAAUGUAUAUGACUAUGUCCGCAAGUAUGCAGAGUAUCGCAUGGUAAAAUCUGAAGAGAAGGCCCUACAGAAUAUUCGUGAUGGUGUAUUCGAUGUAAUCCCAGGAGGAUCCCUAGAUUCCCUAACAGCUGAAGACCUGAGGCUGUUGUUAAAUGGGGUUGGGGACAUCAAUGUAGCUACACUUAUAUCCUAUACGUCUUUCAAUGAUGAGAGUGCGGAAUCAUCAGACCGUCUUCACAAGUUCAAACGGUGGCUAUGGUCUAUAGUUGAGAAAAUGACAAACCAGGAAAAGCAGGACUUGGUAUACUUCUGGACCGGUUCUCCUGCUCUGCCCGCCUCAGAAGAAGGAUUCCAGCCAAUGCCAUCUGUCACUAUCAGACCAGCUGACGACUCGCAUCUACCUACAGCAAACACUUGCAUUAGCCGCCUAUAUAUUCCUUUGUAUUCUACUCGUGCUAUUUUGCGAUCUAAACUGUUGUUAGCCAUCAAGACUAAAAACUUUGGCUUUGUGUGAGUGUAACCCAAGAAGCUUAAAAUUUGUGGCAGACUUUGAACCAUGUUGAAUUAUAAUAAAGCAGUUAGUGACUAAUGAACGUCUAAGGGAACAUGAAUUGUGUAUGGUGACUGCAAGCGAGACAGAUGGAGUCGAGUGAGCAAAUAAACAAGAUGAUUUUGGGAGUGCUGGUCAUAUGGCAUAGGAAUUUGAAAAUUCUUUGGCUUACUAGUGUUGUGCCUGUACGAAAGAACUAUUAUUUUGUGUGAUUGGAAUCUGUGGCCUCCAGGUUUGGCUGGCUAGACUUAAAUCUUGUGUGCAUUCCCUGAUUUCAAAUAAAUGAAAUUCAUAUUCAGCUAUUUGAAAUGAUGUGAAAAAUAGUUUCCUUAAAAGCUAUUAUCUGGUUAUUGUUAAAGUGUGUAAGCAGUGUGUAUUGAAAUAAAAAAAAGAAGAAAUUCCAUUGUUGUACAAUAGCCAAGUAGAUAUGAGUAAAAUCUUGACCAGCUUCCUUUGUGUAUCUUUCCUUGUUUCCCAGAAAAUCAAACAAAAAUGUACAUGCACCAAGUAAGGACAUAGAGUAUGAACUUCCAAAUUUCCAUCACAUUAAAUCAGUUAACAUGCUCAGUGCACGAUAAAGCUGAUGAUCCAGCUAAUGUUUUCAUGAUUUAUCAACCAAAGACAGAAUGUGUAUAUCACGCAUUUUAGCUUGCUGAAAUGCCCAUUUACAUUCCAAAUGACAUUUCUUACAAUUAGUUUAAGUUCCAGAUAACUCAGUUGCUCACUAACAGUUUCACUAGGAUCAUCUGUAUUGAUACUUAACUAUGAAAACAAAUAUCUUGGGCAGACUCUGUGAAAGCUGAAUGUGAAUUUUAAAAAAUACAAACUCUAUUAGCUUCAAAGAAUCAAGUAAAGUGGUGCUAUUUUAGGAACGACAAUUGUCAUUACAAAUUUUAUCGUAAUGGAAAUAGCUGUUUUAGAUAUAAAUGUUCAUAUGGGGAUAUGCAAAGAACAAAUGUCACAGCCCAAAAAUAAGCAGUGUAAAGUAAGUUUGGAAACUUUUUUAUAGUUUGUAUUCUACUAAAUGUGAAAGGGGAGUUGCUGUUUAUUUUAAGAAUAUUGACUAGAAAAUAAGGGAUUUGACUAUUUUUUGUAGCACCUUUAAGGCUGCAGGUGAAUGCAUAUAAUGUGUUAAUAGUUCUUUAAAUCGGAAUUGCCAAAAUGGUUGUUUAUUACUGAAAUCAGGUUUUUGGAAAAUGGUAGACUGCUGUGCAAAUCGAAAACCAGCGUCUUAUGUCAGAAUGGUUAAGUGUAAGCUUUAUAAAAAAAAAAAUUGUUCACAUGUUUAGGUCUCAAAAAAUGAAAGCAGAAUAUUUAUAAAGAGAUAAAGUUGAAUAAGGUGAACUUCCCCCAUGUCUGUGCUUUUCAAUGUUUAAUUUUGUUCAAACUGAUGGCAUUCCGUUUGUGAAAAUGGAAAUUAUUCAAAUGAUGUAUAUUGUAAAUUAGUCCAAACAUUAGCACUCCAUAACCUUCAUUCUGUUUUCUCAUGAAGAAAAAGUGGUGCAUAGCCACAUUUAUUUCAUCAUCACUGAAUCCACCCAUGUUGUCUUCACUGCUAUGAGUCCUAAAGAAAACUGACACAGCUUUACAUUCUGUGAUUGUUUUAUGUCCACACACCAGUGCACAUGUACACAUUUAUAUGUAUGGGCAUACUACACAUACAUUUACGUCUGUAUAUACACUCAUGAGUACAGCACAUACUCCUGUAUGUGUAUACAAGUAUGUUUGUGUACAAUUGCAUAUACAUACACAUGUACUCAUUCACCUACAUCUGCGUAUACAUACAAAUACACAUACUCAUGCAUAUACACAUACUGGUACACAUGCACAAAAUACUGUUUAUGGAAACUAUGUAAAGGAAAGUGUGAUUUUGUUUAUUAGAAAAUUGAAUAAAAAGACGUAUGAAAGGUAAUGUUAAUUUGGCUGAAAAGUCAUAGUGUGCUGUUUAAUUUGUACUAAAAAGAAAGAAUUUACCAAUCAACACGACUUUGAAUAAUACUGACUUUCUGAGUUAAAGAAGUCCACAUUUAAAGUGCACCAUAAUCACUAAAUGAUACUUGGAAAUUUACAUGCAUAAUCAGUAAAAAAAAGUUUUGUUGUACAUAGUUAACAAAAAGGUGAAGUACAAUGCAUGUGUUGUUAAACUAUGCGUAUAUCAUAUUAUUAGUAUUCAGAAUUGAAAUUUUCUGUUUUAACUGAAAUUCAUCUUCUCUUCAUAUUAUUUUUAUGAAAUCGGUCAGACCUGUGACAUUACCUAAGUCGGGUCAUGAUUAUGAUAUUGGAGAAAAAAUGUAUUGUUUUCUCAAGUGUAAAUUUACCCUCUGCAUUUUCAAUUGUUUGUAAGCUGCUGCAGUUUGGGGAAUGGAGCAGAGACUUUUAGAGAGAAAGUCUGUGGUGUCUUCAUAUAAUAUGUAAUAAUAUCAAAUAAAAAAUCAUAAAGGAUGAA